AUGGAUUUAACGGUAUACAAAACCAGUCCCGCCCACAAUGACUUUCGUAGUGACACCUUUACAACCCCUACAGUAUCCAUGAUUGAAUCCUUGGCUUCGGCUACUUUAGGGGAUGCCGUCUACAACGAAGACAAGGCUACAAUUGACCUCGAAAGCAAAGUUGCAAAGAUUGCUGGUAAGGAAGCCGGCUUGUAUUGUGUCAGCGGAACACUUUCCAACCAAAUAGCCUUGAGAGUUAAUUUGUUGCAACCUCCAUACAGUGUGAUGUGCGACUAUCGAGCACACGUAUACGUUCAUGAAGCAGGAGGAAUGGCUACUCUUCUGCAGGCCAUGCCACAAGCUAUCAAACCCAAAAAUGGUGUACAUUUGACCCUUGAGGAUGACAUUUUGCCAAACUUUAUACCCGAUGAUGGCGAGAUCCACGGCGCUCCUACCAAACUCAUUUCUUUAGAAAACACACUUCACGGUAUGUUAUUUCCAUUGGAGGAGAUAAAGAAGAUCUCGGCAUUUUGUAAGAAGAAUGAUGUGAAAUUGCACUUGGAUGGAGCAAGACUUUGGAAUGCUUCUGUUGCGACUGGAAUCUCCAUAUCGGAGUACUGUCAAUACUUUGACUCUGUGUCGCUUUGUCUUUCCAAGACACUUGGUGCUCCAAUUGGUAGUGUAUUAGUCUCCAGCAAGAAGUUUAUUGCGAAGGCUAAUCAUUUCCGCAAACAGAAUGGUGGUGGAGUUCGUCAGUCUGGGCUCUUAGCAAGAAUGGCAAGCACCGCCAUUGAUGAGAAUCUCCCCAAACUCGAGAAAACCCACAAAAUGGCCUUGGAACUUGGCAAAUUAUGUGAGGAAAAUGGCAUCGCGUUGGAGCACCCAGUACACACCAACUUUGUGUUCGUUGACUUGGCCGAGACCAAGAUUUCUUAUGACAUAUUGAGGCAAGUUCUGGAAAAGUAUAACCUAAAGUUUGCCAGUGGCCGUAUUGCAUUUCACUACCAGAUCUCUGACGAGAGUUUCGAAGCAGUCAAGAAAGCUGUGCUUGAUGCCUACGAAAUUGCAAAGGAUAACAAGGACGACGUUGUUGCAGCACCAAAAUUCUACCAGGCACAAGAGGCAAACUAA